UUCGCUCCCCGGGGGAUGGGUGGGCUGCGGUGCUGAGGACCCUCUCACAGUAUCUCUCGUCGCUGUGUUUGUGCCUGUUCCGUGCUGUGAUCUGACCUGCAUCGCUGCCAGCAGGGGUUCUGUGGCCCUCGCGGCACUCCAGAAGAGAACUCUGGGACAGCACCUGCCGCAGGCUCCCUCAGGGAGCUGUUUAACCCAGGCUGUGCCUUACACUUCAUCCGCAUUGUGCCACGUCUCCACCCGAUGACAGAAAUGUGAAAGAUUGAUCAAGUGUGUGGGGGCAUCAGUGAGGAGCGUGGGCCCUCGGCAGCCCUGCAGCGUGCGUUGGUGGUGCGGGCCUGAGGGAAGUGCAGGUGUCGUGUGUGGAGUGUAGCACUGCACUUUUGGCUGGGGAGGGCGGAGCCUGGAGUGGAGAUGGCUGCUUCAGGCUAUUUAUUUCCUAUGGCAUUGUUGCUUUUAUUUCAUGGGUAUGUUUCUUAAAUAGCUCCAUACGUGUUUGUUCCUCCACUUCCAGAGCUGAGGAUCAGGAGGAGAAUGUCUCCUGACCCCAUGUCUGCUCGGUGCUCUGUGCAGAGGCACCGGGCUGAGCCUUACCUAAAACUGAGCUUAGGGUCCCUUCCCCCUGUGAAUCACUUAGAUGUUCAUUGAGGAGGGACUUUGCCUUUUUCUGAGAUCCACAUAGAGUCAUUAAGGCUGGAAAAGACUCUGAGAUCCCCAAGUCCAACCCCACCCCAUCCCCACCAUGCCCCCUAACCACAUCCCUCAGUGCUACAUCUCCACAUGUUGCGAUGGAAGCUCCCCCAGCAUUGUUGCCUUUAGCUGCAGCCCUGUGUCCUCCAGAGGCUGGCAGAGACUCCUGGUGCUGGAGAGAAAAUCCUUGGCUGUCAGCAUGGGAAGGGGAGCGGUGGAAGGAGACUGAGGUCUUCUGAGGUGUGACUGGGUGCCUCUGGUCCUCAGUGCAAUGUUGCGUGAGUGUGGAUCACAGCAACAUUUAGCCCUCCUUUUAGAAGAUCCGCUUGCGCUGGAUUGUUCCUGUGUUGCAAUUACAUUUGAUAUGUGGAUCUUUCACUUUUUUUUUUCUGUGAAGCUAUCUGUAGUAAAUUUAAGCCUCCUUAUGGGGCUUGUUUUUCUUAGUUCCCUUUUGCAGACCCCAGGCAUCUCUGGGCCACAGGUGUGAAAACGGCUGCUCAGAACUGAACCAUUUCAGAACAAACUUGUGGGAUAUAAUUAAAUUUAGCUCUGGCAGCUUUGUGCAUUACAGCCCCGUUGUUUGUUCAGUUGUGCUCUCUAGGAACCUAUCCCUCUGUUCCUGGCGUAAUACCCAGUGGAAGUGGAUUAUGGGGUGUUUUGGAAAGCCUCGAGCACGCUAGUGACAGCUAGAGGACGACUCUGUGAACUUUCUGCUUUUAUAUCAACAAUCUUUGUCCAUGGUAGGACAGAAGCAGCAUAGGCUGAAGGAGUGUUUAACCCUGCUGAGGUCAACGCAGUUUAGCAUUUCAGCAUGCACAGGUGCUGUUUGCAGAGGGAUUGUUUUUUGUAUGUGGCUGGGGAGGUGUUUUCAAGUGUCCCAAGAAGAUCAAAACAUUCUUAGAUUGCUUCUUAGAAGUUGCUUUGUUGCAGAUAAGGUCACAGUGUUCCAUCUCAGCCUGUCUGAGUUUGUUUCAUUGCUUUCAAGGCUUUUCGGGGGUGGGUAGUUGUGUGUCUCCUAAUAUCAGGGUGCCUUUUAGAAAUGAGCUGGCAUUUUUUAUCCUAGGCACUCAGUUCUGGCUGGGAGCAAUUUCCGUACCAUUUUAGAUACUUCUAUGUAGUGUUAAGUAAUCGUGUGUUUUACGAAUGGAUUGGUUUAUAGCAGUCAGUUGCUGUGGUAAAAAGCCCACUUGGGGUAAUUUCUCCAGGCAGUAAACUAACUGUUUCUCUAAAGCUACUAGAAGAACACUAUACUCUUGUUUUUCCUGUCAGGUAAAAUAAUCCUUCCUUGGGGUGCUUUUUUGACUGAAAUUUGCUCGUCUGUCAGCACUGCCAGCAAUCAGCUAAUGCCUUGUUUUUCCUGAACACAAUAUUAGUAAUGGCUGUGGUCAGGUCAUUCUGAUUACUUUAUCCUCCACCAUCUUUAUGUUCAUAUAACAUCUUGCAUCCAAUAUCUUCUUCAGUUAACCAGCCUGACUCAGGUUAUACCUGAGCUGUACAUCAGCAGGUUUUUCUUGGUUUUCCAUUUGUUGACCAAGCUGCCUUUACACACUGGUUGUAGAACUCUUUUUUUUCCUACUGUUUGAAGCAACCGAAGCAUAUCUGGGACCAGUACAGCUGCAUUUCUGCAGUAUGCAGAUCAAGUGGCUGAUUAGAGUUUUAAAGCAAAGAUCCUGGAAAUCACAGUAUCUAUAUCUGCAGAUGGAAAUUGUCAUCUCAUAUUUUACAUCUGAAAACAAAUGAUGCUUUCGGACUAUCGUUACAGGUGUGCUUACUGAAAGUGGCACCUGCAGCUUAUUUCUGUGGGUGCAAAGGAAAGUUUGGACACUUUUUCCAAAGCCAGUUUGUUUCUUAGCGUAAGAGUCGUAUCGUGGCAGACCCAUGGUUAACAAGGGCAGUGCUUUCAGGAGAAGUGUGUCUCUCCAGAAAUUUGUUACUCCUUUCUGGAAUAACUUCAUGAAUUCGUGCAGGCACUGGUCCAUGAGGUGCUACUUUCUCUGACUCACUUGAGGUUUUGUGAGGUUAAGUCCAUCAUGGAGCAGAAAUAACGCGACAGCUGAACACAAAUGCUUUUUCUUGUCUGCAGGUCCCACAGAAAAGGGCCAAAAGUGCUGUGCUCUAACUGAGGGCAAAGUGCUGUUUCAGGCCCCUGCAUAGCAACAGAUAAGCUCCAGGCUGACUUAUCUUCUUGAGGAGAUUUUACAUUUGCUUUUCUUUUUUUCUCCCUCUUUCCUUGGGCUGUUUUGUUCCUCUGCCUGGUUCUUCCCAUACCGUGCAUUCCUAUCCCUGACACUGCCCUUCUCCCUUGUAUUACUCACUUGGCUUCCUCUCCACUUUCCCUCUUUUGCCCUCAGAUCUCUGGGUUCCUGCGACUGCCUUUCCAUCCUUCUCCAGCUCUUUUUGCUGGCUCAGGGCUUCUGCUUCACCCCUCCUUGUUGGGCACCUCCUUAACGGCUGGAGCUGACUCUCAAAUGGUUAUCUUUGUUGCUGAUUAGCAGUUUGCGAGAGCAGAGCUAGCUUGGGCUUUUAGUUAAGGCUCUGUUUGAGUACCAUUUCACAGUUCCCAGUACAGCUUGGUCUAGACUGUGUCUUGCUGCUUUUCUGCUUGUACCCUUGUGGAUCCUGCAUGCAGAACCAGCUUGGGGGCCUCAACAUGGAUUGUGGCUUCAGAGGGGCUGAUGCUGAGCCAGAGCUUGUUCUCUGGUGGACUGCAGCGAUGAGGAAGCCUCGGAGGAGGUUACGGCAGAACCUUGAGGGCCGGCGUUCUCCCUCACCAUACAGCCUCAAGUGCUCGCCCACUCGGGAGACGCUUACAUAUGCUCAGGCCCAGCGCAUUGUGGAAGUAGACAUCGACGGGCGGCUUCACCGCAUUAGCAUCUACGAUCCCUUAAAAAUCAUCACAGAGGAUGAACUGACUGCCCAGGACAUCACAGAGUGCAACAGCAAUAAGGAAAACAGCGAGCAGCCCCUUCUCCCUUCCAAAUCUAAGAAAACACCUUCCAAAGGCAAGAAGAAGGAAUCCUGCUCCAAACACACAUCAGGAACAUCUUUAGACUUACCCCAGCCCAACUUCCGUGUGAUGGACUCCUUCAAACAGUCAGAUGCCCCUCCUCUCCCCGCCGCCUAUUACCGAUACAUUGAAAAGCCUCCUGAGGACCUCGAUGCAGAGGUGGAGUAUGACAUGGAUGAGGAGGACCAGGCAUGGCUGGAAAUGGUGAAUGAGAAGAGAAGGGAUGAUGGUUAUGGGAUGGUUUCUGCUGAGACUUUUGAGCUGCUGGUGGACCGCUUGGAGAAGGAGUCGUACCUUGAGAGCCGGAACAACGGGACCCAGCAAUCCGUCAUCGAUGAGGAUGCCUUCUGCUGUGUCUGCAUGGACGAUGAGUGUCACAACAGCAACGUCAUCCUGUUCUGUGAUAUCUGCAAUCUGGCUGUGCACCAGGAGUGUUAUGGUGUGCCCUAUAUUCCUGAGGGGCAGUGGCUUUGCCGCUGCUGCUUACAGUCCCCUUCUCGCCCUGUUGAUUGUGUCCUCUGCCCAAAUAAAGGUGGAGCCUUCAAGCAGACCAGUGAUGGCCGCUGGGCUCAUGUGGUUUGUGCUAUCUGGAUUCCGGAGGUCUGCUUUGCAAACACUGUGUUCCUGGAGCCCAUCGAAGGGAUAAAUAACAUUCCCCCAGCUCGAUGGAAGCUCACAUGCUAUAUCUGCAAGCAGAAGGGCAUGGGAGCUGCUAUCCAAUGCCACAAGGUGAACUGUUACACUGCCUUCCAUGUCACCUGUGCUCAGCGGGCCGGUCUCUUCAUGAAGAUUGAACCCAUGAGGGAGACCAGCAUCAAUGGCACAACAUUCACUGUGCGCAAGACUGCCUAUUGCGAUUGCCAUUCCCCACCUGGAACAGUGAAAAAAGGGUAUUCGGCUGCUACCAGUGAGAGGCAAGAAGGCACUGUGAAGGAGGAGAGAGAGGAGGAAGGCAAUUCCGGCCCUCCCAGAGGAUCCCUGAAGAAGAACCAAGUGAAAUUGAAGCAUAAGAUCAAAAAGGAACCUAGUGAUGGGACUGCUGGGCGUUCAUCUAUGCCCAUGGUGAUGGUUGCACAAAUUCCCUCUUACAGGCUGAACAAAAUCUGCAGUGGCAUCUCUCUCCAGCGGAAGAACCAGUUCAUGCAGAGGCUCCACAACUACUGGCUGCUGAAGCGGCAGGCGAGGAAUGGGGUGCCCCUUAUCCGACGUCUGCACUCACACCUCCAGUCCCAGAGGAACACGGAGCAGAAGGAGCAGGAUGAGAAGACCAGUGCAGUGAAGGAAGAGCUGAAGUACUGGCAGAAACUACGGCAUGACUUGGAGCGAGCCCGGCUGCUCAUUGAGCUCAUCCGUAAGAGGGAAAAACUCAAACGGGAGCAGGUGAAGGUUCAACAGGCUGCGAUGGAGCUACAGCUGACCCCAUUCAAUGUACUUCUGCGCACAACACUGGACCUGCUGCAGGAGAAGGAUGCUGCCCAGAUCUUUGCAGAGCCUGUUAACUUGAACGAGGUUCCAGAUUACCUGGAAUUCAUUUCCAACCCAAUGGAUUUUUCCACCAUGAGGCGGAAGCUGGAGUCCCACCUGUACCGAACAUUGGAUGAGUUUGAGGAAGACUUUAACCUUAUAGUUACCAACUGCAUGAGGUAUAAUGCUAAAGACACGAUUUUCCACCGAGCAGCUGUCCGGCUCAGAGACCUUGGAGGAGCGAUAUUGCGUCAUGUGCGGCGGCAGGCUGAAAACAUCGGCUUUGACACUGAUGUGGGGAUUCACCUGCCCGAGUCACCCAAAACUGAGGACUUUUACCGCUUUUCUUGGGAGGAUGUGGAUAACAUCCUCCUGCCAGAGAACAGGGCUCACCUCUCCUUGGAGGCCCAGCUGAAGGAGUUGCUUGAGAGGCUGGACAUAGUGAGCCCUAUGCGAUCCAGUGGCGCCCGAACAAGACGCAUGCGGCUCCUGAGACGGGAGAUCAACUCUCUUCGGCAGAAGUUGGCCCAGCAGCAGAACAGGACCAUGGCCAACGGGGAACCUGUUCUGUGGGAAGAGGGGCUGGAUAAACAGUCUAGAGAAGGAGAUGAAGAAGAGGACAGAGAUGAUGCUAGGCUUCCGCAUCCUCCCACCCUGGAGCCCACAGGACCUGCACCCUCAUUCUCAGAGCUGGACUCUCUGCAAGACCCUCCAAUGCUCAAACCCAUCCAUGACAGCAAGUCCUUGAACCAGCUGCAGAAGAAGGUGAUGUCAGACAGGGAGUUCUUUGACAAGAAGGCGCUGCACCGGGAGAGCCAAGCUUUCCAGCGCCUGCUCAGCGACAACAGCCUAAAUGGACUUGCCUUGCCAGCUGCAGACACCCUCGCGAGCCCCCCCUUCAGUGGCGUGGGCCGACGGACAUCUGUUCUUUUCAAAAAAGCUAAAAAUGGGGUGAAGUUGCAAAAAGGGCUGGACUGCUCCCUGGAGAAUGGGGAGGACCACGAGCAGAGUGAGCAGCUUUCGCCCUCCUGUGCCAAUGGGGAGCAACAAGCCCGGAAGCGGCCGCUGAGCAGGAAUUACGAGAGCGAUGGAGAGAAGUCACCCAGGCAGGCAGGGCAGAGAGGAGUGACCAAUGGCUUUGCGAAGCACGCAGAGGGUGGCUCAGACUCUGAGCACAGCCCUAGCCUGGGCAGUGGGCUGGUGUUUGAAACCUGCAGUGGUUUGAUGCCUCCUAAGCGAAGUCGAGGGAAGCCAGCUCUUUCUCGGGUGCCCUUCUUGGAAGGUGUGAAUGGAGACUCCAAUUACAGCAGCUCAGGCAGAACUCUCCUGAUGUCCUUUGAGAGUCAGGCUGAGCUGGAGCCCUUGGAGCUUGUGUGGGCCAAGUGCCGUGGUUAUCCCUCCUACCCUGCCUUGAUAAUUGAUCCCAAGAUGCCGCGUGAGGGGUUGCUCCACAAUGGAGUCCCCAUCCCAGUCCCACCCAUGGAUGUGUUGAAGCUGGGGGAGCAGAGGCAGACAGAAGCAGGCGAGAAGCUCUUCCUUGUCCUUUUCUUUGACAACAAGAGAACCUGGCAGUGGCUUCCGCGUGACAAAGUGUACCCCCUCGGCAUGGAUGACACCGUGGACAAGCUAAAGAUGAUGGAAGGACGAAAAACCAGCAUCCGCAAGUCUGUGCAGGUGGCAUAUGACCGAGCCAUGAUUCACAUGAGCCGUGUGCGGGGAGAUCAUCCCUUUGUUCCGUCUAAUUAUCUGUAACGGGUCGGGGUGGCUGGUCCUCCUUCUCCAGACCUUGCUCUCUGUGUCAGCAGAGGGAACUGUCCCUGGCACCAAGCGGCCAAGGUGCGCGCUGUGAUCCCAGCAGCUGGCAGUACUCCUCAGAGUACCCUGCUAUGUGCCAAAAAGCCUGUCCAGCUUCUUUCUGAAUGUGUCUUGCUGAAGAGCUGUCAGGAGAUGAAAUGUAUAGUCUGCAGGGCCAAGAGUAAGGUGUUAGGAAAAGCUGCUGGGUGACAGAAGGCAUGGUGGGCUGAUGCAGCAGAGCUCAACACUUGGAUGUUUGGACCUCAUGCACCCUCUCUCACCGCUGCCUCCCCCCGUGCUCUGCCAGGUGUUUGGGCGUCAGCCAGCCCUGAGUCAUUCCCCAAACACGUCAGCCCUGUAAGCAAACCAGGAUCCUGUACAGAAAUCCCAGAUGGACUUUCUUGUGCCAAAUUUACCCUGACCAUCGCUGGCUUUUUUUUUUUUAAAAUGACAUUGAUUGUCCCAUCAUGUUUAAAAAUAAUAAUAAUAAUAAUAAUUGUAUCUGGGAGGUAGUAUCAUGAUUUUCCUGCCUAAAUACGUAGUGUUUUCACAUUAGAUUUCUUGCAUUGCGUUUAGAAAUGAUUGAGAUAUUUUGGUAACUUCCCCUCUGCUGCACACACACGCACGCAGAUGCACAGAGCUUUAAAUAUGAAAAACAAAUUACCUGUUAUUUUGGUGUGCAUUUAUGUCCUAGAGAUUUAUUUGGUAGUUUCACAUUUAAAUACUGAUUUCCGUGACUGUGCUUGUUCCAGUAGCAUUUCGUAUCAUGGUUUAGUACAGCCUUGAGUCUAAGCAAAGAUAACUUCCUUUUCUGAAGAAGCAAAGCUAAUUUUGGAGGUGUCUGAUGUGCUGGAGCAGCUCUGCAGGCACUGAGGUUGAUCAGGGUUGGAGGGAGACGCAUCGCUUGUGUUGCUGGAUGCACAUUUGGUGUCAGGCUCCUCUUCCUUUCUUCCUUUUCUGUCUCUUUCAAGUUCUCCUCUGGCUUGGUUUGGGUUGAAACCAAGCAGUAAGUAGAGCACAUGACCGUUCUGCCUUCUUGCCUUCUCUCAUGCACUUGUAUCCCUUCCUGGUGUGUGGGUCUCUGGCAUUGUCAUCCAUUAAGAAACAAACCAGCCUGUCUCUGCUGCCAGCACCUCUUUACUUUCUGGGUUUGUGCUGCAAAAACAGGGGCAGCCGAUGUUUGGACACAGAUGAUAAAACCUUUUCUAUUAGCCAAGGACUUACGAUUUCUCUGAUCUCUUCUGUUGUGUGCCCCUUUUUUUUUUUUUUUGCUUUCCCAUUUUAAGAACCAAAGGUGCAGAGCAAGAUUGUAGAUUGAAUAUCACCAUUUAGCUUUUUAACUCAGUAUUUUUUUAUUAUUUUAACUUUUUCAUACUGAAGAGAAUGUGGGGUCAAAAUAAUAAUAAUAACGAAUAGUGGGGAGUAAUCACUGCCAUUUCUACGUGGUCUACUUUUUUAGAAAUACCACUUCUUAUACAUUGGGACACAGAACCACACUUUAAGGAAGAUUCCUUUAACGUACAGAGAUGGGGCAUAGAAUUUUGUAAAAAUAGUAAUAUAAUGCCUACGGAGUGUGGCUAGGGAAGGAUGUUGUGUAUAUAGUUGUAAAAUAUUGUUCUAAAUUAUUUAGACCUACUGUCACCAUUCUUGAAGUCCUCAGUUGUGUUGCUGGGUCUUUUAUAUGCACACGGUGUAAUUUAUUUAAAGGAACAUACACUUUUCCGGGUGGUAGCUCAGCUGUGGACUUGUGACCUGUGUAUAUGUUUUAAGAAUUUGGGAUAUUCUUUCUUUUGUUGGUUUUUGUUUUUUUUAAUGACAUUUUAGAAUGGGAAUUGGCUGAUAUCCUGCUGUUUGCUAUGGGACCGAGACGUGACCGUCACUCUGCUGUAAAGCACAGAUAGCUCUAUUUAUUGUAGAAAGUGAGUUUAUUUGCUUUCUAGAAUUGUUUAUAUCAGAUGGUAUAAGAGAGGUAAUAAGAAAAUCUAUGCUUGUAAAGAAAGAAAAUGCUAAUUUUACCUACUAUAAUCUGACUGUCUGAGACUAUAUUUUCUCUCUGAGAAAUAAAUGUUCUAAAGUAUAUAAAAAAAAAAUCAACGA